AUCUGAAUACUUCAGCCCAGACUUGUAGAUGUUAAAUGUUGAGGAUGGAGGGAAAAAGGGGGAGGUUGGUCUCCUCCCAUUGAACCUGAGGGAGGAGUCUCUGCGCGCCGAGGCACAGCUAGGGCACACGCACUUGAAGGUUGAAAAGAGACACGCACGCACACCUCCAGGUUACCUGUCUGCCUUUUCUACUCUCAGUGAACAGAGGGAGUGACUUGUAUGUUCAUGUCGGAGAUUCGAGGAUUUACGAGGAUUUCUGGUUCCACACAGGUCGGAUUUUAAUGAGGAUUAUUAACGCGCGCCGGGGCCCGGCCGGAUGAGGAGGGCGGUGUUACGUUCAGGUGCACACAGGCUGCAGCCUGUUGAUCCGCUCUGCUCUGGACUUCCCUGUUCUAUUUCACCGCGAGGACGUGAGGAGCCAGUGCGAGAGUGGGGGCAGGUCUGUCCGAACAGCAACCCCAACCCUCCCCCGUUUUUGGUGGAGCUGGUCGUUUAAAAGUCGACUCGGAAGAAAGCGACCGUUAUGACCAUAUCAGUGAUGUGUAACUACAUGGAAAUGCCUUUAUUUGACAGGACAGCUUAGACCUGAAAGUGGAAAGAGAGAAAGGGGAAUGACAUGCAGCAAAGGGUUGCAGGUCGGAAUUGAACAAGCAGCCACUACGGAGAGGACCGAGCUUCUGUGUAUAUGGGGCGCACGUUCUACCAGAUGCAGAGGGGAGGCAACAUGCCUGUGGCCCGCAGGAAAGUGAGGUUGCUCUGCGCGACGAUGAUGCUCAACGUCGUCAUCUUCUUCCUAGUGGGCGUGUCCUGGAACCUCGGGCGGGACAAAAGCGACCGCCCGAAGGUUCGAAUCCCGUCCAAGAGGUUUUGGCGAAAACCGGUGCCGAGCAAAUAUUUCUGGAACAAGGAGCAGCAGCGCCUGGACACGAUCUACAACCCCAUCAUCAACUCUCUGCCAAGUGACUCUAUCAUCGAGCUGCCUGAUUGGCUGAACGACACGGGGCCAGUCAACCCCUGCGAACCGGACUACAGAGUCGCCACGCAGAUCUCGGACUACAACACCCUGCCGCACCGCUUCCAGGAUUUCCUCCUGCACAUGCGCUGCAGGACGUACCCCAUGCUGAUAAACCAGCCGCAUGUUUGUGACCAGAAACCCUUCCUGCUCCUCGUGGUCAAGUCACUGAUCCCGCACUUCGACCGGCGGCAGGCAAUCCGUGAAACGUGGGGCCGCGCGGGCACCUUAGCCAACCGCACGGUGGCGACGGUGUUCCUGCUGGGCAACGCGUUGCCCAUAGACCACUUCCCCGACCUGCUGGGGAUGCUGGGCCACGAGGCAAAGCUGCACAAAGACCUCCUCCUGUGGGACUACAGGGACACCUUCUUCAACCUCACCCUGAAGGAUGUCCUCUUCCUGGAGUGGUUCAGCCAAAACUGUCCCCAUGCUCAGUACGUCCUCAAGGGAGACGACGAUGUCUUCGUCAACACCUUUCGAAUUAUUGAACUCCUGGAAGGCCUGUCCGACAUCAAGGCCAAGGAUCUGUUCAUAGGUGACGUUAUCAAGGACGCCGGUCCGCAACGAGACCGGAAACUGAAGUACUUUGUCCCAGAGAGUGUAUUCACGGGGCAGUACCCGGCUUACGCAGGAGGCGGAGGAUAUCUGUACUCUGGGGAGUUGGCGCUACGCCUUCACAACGUUUCUCGGCAGGUAGCGUUGUAUCCCAUUGACGAUGUCUACACGGGGAUGUGUUUGAAAAAGCUGGGCCUGGUUCCAGAGAAUCACAGCGGCUUUAAGACUUUUGACAUCGAGGAGAAGUACAGGGACAACCCGUGCGUCUACAGGGACCUGAUGCUGGUUCACAGCCGCACGCCACAGGACGUGUUGAAGAUCUGGCCGUGGAUUACCCAUCCGGAGCUGGACUGCCAGUGAACACCUUCGUCUUUGUUUGCACUGUUGAGUUUGAUUGUGAGGGUGAUUCAGUAUAUAGACAGGAAUGAAAAUGGAAAAUGAGGUGUGUGUAAGUUCUUCUUAAAGGAACACACCGACUUAUUGGGACGUUGUCUUAUUCACCGUAUCCCCCAGAGUUAGAUAAGUCCAUACAUACCCUUCUCAUCUAACUCUGUCUGACGC